AUGGGAAGAUCAAAAAUCAAAGUGGAAUUUAUUCAAGAUCACAAGAAGAGGAAGUCUACUUUGGUGAAUCGGAAAGCUGGCUUAGUCAAGAAAAUCUCGGAACUCUCAAUACUUUGUGACAUCAAAGCAUGCAUGAUCAUAUAUGAAGGAAAUAAUCAUCAAAUGUGGCCGAAUGAUCCAAAUGAAGUUAAAGAGCUGAUAAAUCUCUACAAAACCCAACCAUUCGAAGGCCGAAGUAAAAGGGGUAAGACCUUGUCCAACUAUUUUGAAUAUGAUCAAAAGAAAAGGGCUGAGGUCAAAGUAGAAAAGGAUCGUCCCACUUGGGAUUCAAGAUUUGACUAUUUCGAAAAUGAUGAAAAGAAAAAGGCUGAGAUCAAAGUAGAAAAGGAUCCUACCACUUGGGAUUCAAGAUUUGACUAUUUCGAAAAUGAUGAAAAGAAAAAGGCUGAGAUCAAAGUAGAAAAGUAUCCCACUUGGAAUUCAAGAUUUGACUAUUUAUCUCAAAAAGAAUUGCAAAAUCUUGCUGGAGUUGUUGAGAAAAGGAUGGAAAAGGCAAAAGGAAAAAUCGAAUUGUUGAAGAGCAUGAAUGUUCAUAUUGGAAGUUCCUCACUUUCUCAUCAACAAAUAUGGGACUUCCCUGAGCUCAUGAACAACAACAACUUGAUGAACCAUACUACUCUGUGGCCUAUUUCUAAUAUGAAUUCUUUCACCGAUCACAACAACUUCUUCCACUCAAAUAUUCCAAUUAGUGGUGUGAAUUCAAUGGGAGCAGGGAUGGAUAAUGGGCUUCUUACUAUCGAGGAUUAUCAAUUUUGCAAUGCUAAUUAUUCUAUGAUGAAUGAGGCUGAAAACUGGUCGGCAAAUGAUGGAAUUGGUUCAAGUUCGACAAUGCAGCCUAUGGCAAAUAAUGGAAUUGGUUCAAGUUCAACAAGGCAUCCUAUGGUAAAUAAUGGAGUUGAUUCAAGUUCAAUAAUGCAUCCUAUGGAAAAUAAUGGAGUUGGUUCAAGUUCGACAAUGCAGCCUAUGGGGAAUAAUGGGAUUGAUUCAACUUCGACAAUGCAACUUAUGGAGAAUGGAAUUGGUUCAAGUUUGACAGUGCAGCCUAUAGAUCAGUACCCUUUCAUAUACACCGACUCUACUCAUGAUAUGUCUUAUGGAUUCGUGUAG